UGGCCCUAUUACAAUUAACGGCUGACUCGAUCGAGCAGCGCAGCGGCAAGUUUGAUUUUUCAACAUGAAAUCGACAAAACAACUGGCAAAAGAAUUGGGAUUGCUGAGGAAGAGAAUUCCAUCAUCAAAAGCCAGCGGGAAAAGUCACAAAAGUGCUCAGAAUCCAAGGACUUGUCAGACAUUCAGUUAUCUCAUUGUGAUAGAUUUUGAGUCAACUUGCUGGAAAGAUAAAAAGAAUACCAGCCAAGAGAUCAUUGAAUUUCCCGCAGUUCUUCUGAACACUACAACUGGUCAGUUAGAGUCCGAGUUCCAGCAGUAUGUAAUGCCAGAUGAACACCCUGUUCUGAGUGAUUUCUGCACCGAGUUAACUGGAAUAUCGCAGGAACAAGUUGAGAAUGGUGUCCCUCUGUUCAUCUGCCUCAACAAGUUUACAAGUUGGUUGAAGAAGAUAGAGAGUGAGAAGAACUUAGCUUACAAUCGAUCAACGGACGACACCAGGAAACUCUGCACUUUCGUCACAUGGUCGGACUGGGAUCUUAGUGUGUGCCUUCGUUAUGAAUGUCAACGGAAACAGCUCUACAAGCCAAGUGCCCUCAACCAUUGGAUUGAUGCCAGGGCUGUCUACAGGAAUUUCUACCAACGCAAACCCAAAGGUCUGAGUGGGGCUCUCCAGGAAGUCGGCAUAGAGUUCGCUGGAAGGCAACAUUCAGGAUUGGAUGAUGCAAAGAACACAGCUAUAUUAGUUUGGAGGAUGAUCCAAGAUGGCUGCCAUUUCAAGAUUACCAAGACCAUUCAAUCGGGCACACUGAAGGCUAUUCCUAGUGCACUACCUCAGCCAGGAUCGGCUCAACAACACUCAAAAGUAUCAUCUGCAACUUCAUCAACAACUACUACAGUUGCACCACCACCACCACCAUCAUCAUCAUCUACAACUCCAACAACAUCAUUAUCAAAAGCAUUGUCUUCUUCAUCAUCAUCAGCAGCAGCAGCAGCAGCAGCAGAAAGCACUGUAAAUUGCAAAAGAACAAAAGAAAAUAAUGAUUCAGGUACCACAAAUGCAUCAUCGUCCUCGCUAUCACUGCAAAGCAUGAGAGAUGAAAUACCCAUUGUUGAAGCGGCACAAUCAAAUAAGAGAAAGAAUAGUGACAUUACUUCAGUCAAGACAGUAAAGAAAUCUUGUGUGGCUACAGGUGUCAAGGGUCCUAAGAACCAAGGUAUUCCCUUCAGUAUUCAUGAAGAUGGAAAGACUGGAGAUAGGAAAGAUGAUGUCACAAGUUACUUGGUCACAGAGAAACAUUGUGUGAGAGAACAGAACAUAAAGUCCCUACAUGAGAACAAGCAGACUUCAUGUAGAUCACAUCCAAUCACUAUAGUUAGUGAUAAUAAAAAUGCUAAAUCAGCAAAAGGUGGAACCCCUAACCAAAGAACUACAACAAAUGGAGUGUUCAAGACACCACCAACUUGCCCACUCCCUUUCCACAAGCAGAACUCCAUCAAGAAGUAUGGAAAGCUUGGUGAGAAGACCAGUCCAGAGAUUCAGUUCAAGACUCCAGCAAGCACGAACACCACUCCUACAACUGACAGCUUGAAGACUCAUUCAGACUCUCUCAAACCAGGCGUCUGCAUGGCCAAGAUUACACCACCAAUGUGCAAAUGUGCGCGACGGAGCAAGAGACGCGUUGCGGCACGUCCUGGUCCAAACCAGGGAAGGGCGUUCUACUCCUGCCCCGGUCUAAAACGCAGAAGUGGAGGGGGCCUGAAAGACACCACCAAUGCCAAGAUGGGUUGCGGAUUCUUUUCCUGGGAGAGUAUGGUGUUGAGUGACUUUGGAUCACCCAACAGUGUGGGUAGUCCAGGUGGUUUCGCUACCCCAGGAUCAAUGAUGAAGCCAAGAACUCCAAGCCCUCUAGCUAUGGGUUCCAUACAGAAAGCCAUCUCCUUGAAAACUGGACAGAAAGCUGGAACAUCCACGAGAGGGGGCGUUACACCUAUUGGAAUAGGGUAUUCCAACAGUUGGAGGUGAUUUUUCUGAAAUGUACACAUGAUAUUCUAAACAAUAAAUUGAUUUUUUAAAGGGUUUGUCAUGUUAUAUACAUAAUUUAUUGAUGAUUUAUGUACAUUGAAAUUAUAACAAAUAAGAAAGGAGCAAGUACUAUGCAAUGUACAUUGUUAUAAGCAAGCAAACUAAAAUAUUACAAGAUGGGGUUGUUGUAAGAUUAGUCAGAGUUCAUUUACAGUGCCCUCCUGAAAUCAAAUAUUGCUUAUUAAAUGUUUGAAGAAUAAUCAACUACCUCAACAGAUAACUACAAUAAUAAAGCCCAUUAACACUUU